AAAGCGUCAUGGUAAGGGUAAAAUGUGAAAACAAAAAGGAAAAAGGAAAAAAAGAGUUCCGUUUUUCUGGCUCACUUCUUCUCUGCGAAGAAUCUACAGAGACAGGGGAGGAUGGCAAUGGCGUCGAACCUACCUGCAUAUCAGAAGUCGCGGGGACUCCAAAUCUUCUGCAGAAAGAAAGAUCGAGAAAGGGACCACCAUCCCUAUAAAGUCAUCGAAAUUACUCCUCCUCCCAAGAACCUCGGCGUUCGCUGCUUCCCCUCUAAUUUGCAAUGUGGGGAGAGCGUGACCAUUGAAGGUCAAGCUUAUACCAUCUCAGCUGUCACUCAUCGAUACCAACUCCGGAAGGGCAAGUAUGAACCUAGCGAGAAGAGGCUUGAUGUUCUGUCUACUGGGAGAUACAUCUUGAACUUAUAUCUUGAAAAUUUACUACAACAAUCUUGACAACAUCUACUUGAAUAGAUUUAAGUGUAGUUAACCAAUCUCAGCAUGUGAUACUCUCAUUUUCAUUUAAUUUUUAUUUUUAUUUUUAAUCAUAUUUAUGUCAAAUCAUUAAGCUAUAAGGGCUUGUUGGUAUUACUAAAUAUAGAGGGAGGGGAGAGGAGAGGACUUGCUUGAUAAAUUGUAUAUUAAUUAAUGCUUUAGUCAUAAUUAUGCUCACCAUUACUA